UUUUCUUUUCUCUAGAAGAUUUUCUGUGAGUUGCACGCGAAUAAAUUUUGCUGAACUCUACAAUUGUCUUUUGCACUUUUAAUUUCAAAUAUAAUUUGUGGAAGCAUAGCGCCAGUUGCAGUAGAGAAACGCAUCCGAGCAAUAGAAUAACAAAAAUAUUAUCAAAAUAUUUUAUUUAAUUUUGCCAAUCCGUGCGGAGUAACAGUAUUUGACAUAAAUUUGUGAAAAACAUGAGAACUUCAAGUGUGGUACAAUAUGCGCUUCGUAUGAGUUUUGGACAGUCUUCAGCACAGUCGUCAAGCAGUGUCUUCACCACAGCCUCUCCUGAACGCGUAGUGCCACGUUCCGCUACCAUGAUGGCCGUCUUUGGAAUUGCAAUCUCCUCAUUCAGCUUGAAACAGAUGUUGGCCAGCAGCGGGGCUAACAAAUCUACAGAUGCAGCACUAACAUUGCGCAAACUUUAAAUAAAAAUACGCAUAAAAUGGCAAAUCGUUUAAAAAUCAUUAUCAAUUUGAAGCAGAAGCAGCGGCAGAACAGGCGCGAGAGAGGAGGAAGAAAUCAUGUACGCAAUUGACUGAAAUAGGAAAGUAAACCGUAACAAAGCAUAACAAAAUGAACUUGAAAAUCGAAAAAUGUUAUAAGCAAUGCUAACCACAUACAGGUGUGUGCGUGAAAAUAGAGAACUUUCAGCUAAUAAACAGAAAUUGAAAUGUAUAAAGCACAAAACUGUUGAAAGAAAUUAUGUGGAGUAAGGAAUACGCAGGGAAAUCAACUCAAGGCCAGCCUGCAAUGCAACGAUUAGUAAACAGAAUAAAAAUGUAAAAUCCAGCAAAAAAAAAGAAAAAUCUAAGCAAUUUGUGUUGUAAUUAUAAAUUUUAGCGUGCAAGCGUUUAAAGUGUUGCUACACAAUGCACAAAUUCAAAAGCAAAUUUUUGGUUGAAGAAAUUUACUACUUAUGGACAUUGCAGUGAGACUGCAGGGGAGCGUAGUUUAACAACACGUCGAUAACGUUUAUAUAAAGCCAACGUUACACUAAUUUCCAUCUUUCAAAUAUGCAACUAUGAUUGAUUUUCGAAUUAUAGUCGUUUAGAACUCAUCGUUAUCAUCUACAUAUAUAAACAACGCCUACUCUUUAAGUCUUUAAUUCAUUUAGUUUAUAGUUGUAUAUAAUUUCGAAAUAGUAUUUUUGGUUAACACACUGUUCAUACAUAUAACUUUAUACAUUUAGCUGUAAGUGACACCUUUGACGUGAUUGGCAAACACAAUCUAAACUUAUCAACAAAUAGUUUAAAUACAUUAUAUGGCACAUGCAAAUUUAUAUUGCGCUCUCCAUGAAUAGUUAUUGCUAACCACGUUUAUAUUAAAAACAUUUGCUUUGAAACAAAAACUUGUUGCUUGCAUUCUAAAAUCAAUAAUUUAACACCACAUAAUAUGCUUAAAAAAGAAAACGAAGAAGAAGUAACUUGCAAGUGAUCUUUUAAAAUUUAGUAGAAUUAACUGAAUAGUUAUUUGUGUCAGCUACUAAUAUAUAUUUGGAAAUAUUUGUUAAAAUUAAAUUGUGUCUGAAAUCACAAUCUGAAUUUACUUGAUUCCGAAUAUGUAUGCUGUUGGACGCACUUUAAAAUUAUGUGAUACAUGCAAUCGUCUUGCGUCACGCUUAAUAAAAAUAACUAUUGUACGUAAUAAAAAUUUUAAUAUAUGUACAUUUAAUAUGUUUGUGUAACUUCUAUAUUUUGUAAAUUUAUUUAUAUUAUUUCGUUAGAGUUGCACAUCAACACAUACGUCGUACAAACGUAUGUAGAUAUACACGUUCAAAUAUA